AUGUUGAACGACCUCCGUGUAGAGUUUACUCGGUGGCAGAACGGGCAUGCCUUGAGGUCUCCUUCCGAUCAUACCGCUUCAUUAUUGCGGACACCCUUCACGGCGGAGAUCAUGGCUCAACCCUACCCACUCGACUUGCGAAUCCCUGGAAACAAAGAAUAUGACGGCCGUACAGACCCGGAGGUUCACAUCAACACUUAUUAUGGAAAUAUGCUGAUGAUGGGCGUAACUGACGCUGUGAUGUGCCGGGCAUUUUACUCGACGCUUUCUGGUCCGGCGGUCGACUGGUUCAGAACGUUACAACCAGGGUCCAUUUCUGAUUUUGCUAGCUUGGCAGCAAAAUUCACUCGGAAGUUCGUAACUUCCAAAGUCAUCUGGAAGCCUUACAUGUAUCUUGAGAAGGCUAAGCAAUUGGAAGGAGAGAGCUUGACUGAUUUCUUAGUAAAGUGGAAAGUGGCGGUGGGAGAGGUCGAACCCAUGGACGACUUGACAGCCAUUCAUAUGUUGCAUAUUUCCCUCAGAGCCAGUUACUUGUACCAGGAUUUUAUACUCCACCCGCCUGCAACCUACGAGGAAGCGCUCCGAAGAGUGACAGAUUAUGCCAAUGCUGGAGAGUUAGGAAAAUUGGAUAAGUGUGUUGGGAAGCGGAAAGAGAACAAGAGAGCAUCUGAGAGGAAAGAUCAUAGACGCUCCAAUCGCCCUGAUCUAUCGGAUCAGGACCGGAGAGAUCCCGAUCCCCCGUCUGGCAGUCGACCAUCAUCGAAACCGACUAUUCAUGUUAUUUUCGGCGGCUUGGAAGAUGCUUCCCAAGCUCGAGAGCCAUGCUCGGUCGCGAUUGUCGACUCCCAGGGGAGCGGUAAGAGGAAAAAAAUGGAGCCAAUCACCUUUUCCCUUGAAGAUCAACCCGAGAGAUGA